AUGGAGGCACCGAGCCCUCGACACCCGCGGAGGCCUUCCGCUCUGCGCCGGGGCGGAAACGGCACAGAAACGGUUUUACCUGCGGCGAAUCCAACGGCCUCUCCGCGAACCCCGCCUCGCAAACGGUUCAGAAGCCCUCGCACACACUCGGCUCCGACCACGAGGACCCAGAGCUCUGGCACCCUGGGCCAGAAGCCGAACGGGAAACCCCGCCCCCGGCGGAAGUCCGAUCUCACAGGAAUGGGGCCUACCCCGCGCCGAAGGCGUCGAGCGCGCCGGUGCCCUUCCCCUCCGAGAGUGGCUGGCGCGGGCGGACGUCACACUGGGACGUUCCAGCGCGCCGGGAGCCCGCUGCCUGUUUGCAGAAGCCCUCGGUGGGAAAAGGAGGCUUUCCAUCAUUCAGCACAAAGGAACAAGGACUCUGAAAAUUUUUGGACAUCAUCCCUGGCAUUACAAAAAAACAAGUUUUGGUCAUUACCACCAGAUCCUGUACAUUUUGGAGUGGAGACGCCUCAUGAAAAAUUAGAAAGCAUGUCAGAAUCAGAUGCCUUGAAUUUCAGUGGUCUUUCUGAAGAUUUAACUCACUCAGAUUUUCCCUGCUGUAUGGAAACAAGCCUCAGUGUUUCAGACUUGCCUCAGAAUGAAACAAAAAAUGCAAAGAGGGAAAAUGAGUCUAAACCCACACUUUCUGAAGAUAUUUAUAGCACACAAGAUAGUUUAGGUGAUAUCAACAUUGGAAGUUACUCACAGAAGAUUCAAAUUGAGCCUAUUAACACCUGCAUUUCUUCGUUGAGACAAUUUGAACCCAUUUGCAAAUUUCAUCAGCUAGAAGCAUUUAAUGAUGAAAUGACAACAUUUCAAAAUCUAACAGAAGGCUUUUCUUACAUGGAGAAGCCAGAAUUGCAAAGCCAUGUGUAUAAUUAUGCAAAAGAUACCAAUAUAAAGCAAGAUUUAUGUAAGGAAGAAAAUCCAAUGGAAACUAGCAUUUCUGCAAAUAAAGACCAGCUUGCUCAAGAAUGUGUCAGACAGUCUUCUCAAAGUCCACAUCUACUCCAGUGCAAUGGAGAGACACUGCAGUUUGUGGAAAAGUCACUGGCUAAAAGCACGGCUAUGGAGUCUGCCCUCAACCCUAGUCAACCUCAGAGCUUUUUGUAUAAAGAAGGUGUCCUCAGAAAUUAUGAAAACCCAUUUUUUAAGGAGAAUAGCUUUAGGCUGCUUGAUCAGAGAGUUAAUUAUAAAACAGAAGAGACUGAAGUUUCUUCAAAAGAAAUACAAAAUCCUGAGGAGAGUCCUGAGAUGUCAGUCAGUCAGCAGGAAGAAGCCAUAGCAGGAAAUGCGGAAAGCCCAGGGAUUGCCUUAAGUUGGUCUCCAGGCAUCUCCAAGAGUGGGGGAAAUUCUUGGGAGAACCGCCUGACACCUGACACAGAGCAAAGCUUGGAAGGCUUACAGCCUUUAGAAGAGGACAUGGCUUUAAACGAAGCCUUAAGGAAAUUGAAAUACACAAACAAAACACAGCAGGUGCAGAUCCAGGACUUCCAGUGUAAGAACCUGCAUUUAGAGAAGAAAGUUAAAGAACUAGAGAUGAAGAUUACCAAACAGCAGGUGUUCAUUGACAUCAUAAAUAAGCUGAAGGAAAACAUUGAAGAAUUAAUUGAAGACAAAUACAACAUAAUCCUAGAAAGGAACGAUAUUAAGAAGAAAUUACAGAAUUUGCAAGAGAUUUUAGCUAACACCAAAAAACGACUUCAGGAAUCUAGGAAAGAGAAGGAAAUCUUACAGCUAGAAGUUAAAAAAGUCAAGGUCGGUUAUAUUCGUUUACAGGAAAGGUGCAUUACUGAAAUGCAACAAAAAAAUAGAUCUGUAAAUCAGUGUAUAGAGAUGGACAAAACGUUAAGCAAGAAAGAAGAGGAAGUAAGAAGGCUGCAGCAACUUAAAGGAGAAAUGGAGAAAGCUACCACUUCUGCUUUGGACUUGUUGAAAAGGGAAAAAGAGACCCGAGAACAACAGUUCUUGUCUUUACAGGAGGAAUUCCAGAAACAUGAAAAGGAAAACCUGAAAGAAAAACAGAAAUUGAAAUUGAGAAUUGAGAAAUUGAUUCCUCAAGUUAAAAAUUUGCUAUUCACAUGUGAAAAAGAAAAGGCCAAGAAUUCACAACUCCAGCAGCAGAUCAGUGGAGUAAAAAAUGAAAAUGCAAAACUUCAGCUGCAGGUUUCAAAGAGUGUCCCUAAAUUUGAGAGAGCUCAGCUAAUGGAGUCAUUAGAGGAAAUAAUGGAGCCAGUUGUUACCAAGGAUGCUGAGAUGAUACCUUGUAAUUUGUUACUGAAUUGCUCACCUUGUGAAGAAGAGGGCUUGAAUACUGCAGAUCUGAAAACUCCUCAGCUGACCUCCAAAAUUCAUAGUCUUCUGACUUUGAUGGUAGGACUUCUCACAUGUCAGGACAUCACCAAUCCUGAUGCAGACCAUUGCAAAGAAAGUGAGAAAGUUAAUGACAUAAUGCUGCAAAAAUUGGAGAGCCUUCAUCUUAGGAAGAUAGAUUUAGAUAAAGAGCUACUGAAACAUAAAGACAGAAUUACAACCUUUAGAGAGUUAAUUGCUAAUGAAAAAGCAUUUCAAGAUCACCUUAUUGAGGUCACAGAUUUUGAUUCUGAUGAAGCCAAGAAUAUCCAAGAUGUACCUCUCUUAUUGGGAGUCAAACUGGAUAAGUACCACAGUCUAAAUGAGGAGCUUGACUUCUUGAUCACAAAAUUGGGAGGUCUUCUGGAGUCAAAAGAAGUUCACUGCAACCGACUCAUUGAAGAGAAUGAUAAUUAUCAGAAAUAUUUAGGCAACUUAAUAAAUAAGGUUACUUCAUAUGAAGAAAUUAUCAAAUGUGCUGAUCAAAGGCUUGAGAUAUCCCACUUCCAAAUAGCACAUUUAGAAGAGAGAAAUAAACAUCUGGAAGAUUUAAUGAGAAGGCCCAGAGAGAGAGCCAGAAAACCGAGGUUAUUUCAAAAUGAACGGGCCUCCCUUGCACGGCUUAAGGAUGCAAAGUCUACGUCAGUCUUUCAAUAAACGCUUAAUGACUUU